AUGGAGGAGGCGGCGUUGGGCGAGAUACAAUACAAUCACAUCUGCGCGAGGCACCCCUAUGUAAAAAACAGCUCUCAGCUUGGCUUUGCUCUUCACACUCGAAAACGGAAAACACCACUCAAUGUCACCGACGAGGGCUGCUCGCUGGGGAAGAGCCUGAAGCUGUCCCAGCUUCCAUCGCUGGCGGCGGCCGCGGCACGCCCCGCGAAGGGCCAGGGCGGCGUCGCGCUGGUGCUCACGGCGCGGGACGUGGCCGUGGAGGGCUUCUGCAUGAGCCGGUGCGGCCACCACGGGUCGUACUCAUACGACGACGCGCGGUCCCGGUCCCGGUCCCGCGAGGCGGCAGCGGCGUACGCGUGGAUGGGCAACCCCGCCGACCAGUGCCCGGGCCAGUGCGCGUGGCCCUUCCACCAGCCGGCGUACGGGCCGCAGGCGCCGCCGCCGCUGGUGCUGCCCAGCGGGGACGCGGGCAUGGACGGCGUGGUGAUCAGCGUGGCCAGCAUGGUCGCCGGCGCGGUGACCAACCCGUUCGGCGACAGGUUCUACCAGGGCGACCGCGCCGCGCCGGUGGAGGCCGCCACGGCGUGCGCGGGCGUGUACGGCAAGGGCGCGUACCCCGGGUACGCCGGGCGGCUGCUCGUGGACGCGGCGAUGGGCGCCAGCUACAACGCGCACGGCGCGCGCGGGAGGAAGUACCUGCUCCCAGCGCUGUUCGACCCCGACACGUCGGCGUGCUCCACGCUGGUGUAA